AGAUAGGGUUACCUAAAGGGUGAUGAUACCAUAAAGAGAAAUUGGUUACAGAGUGCUUUGUAGAAUGAAUAUUAACAUUAAAGCAAAAUACUUGAGUCUUUCCAGUUGCACCUGCAUUUCACUUCUUGCCAAUCUUUAAAUUUAACAGAUGGAAUUUUACUGUGUCAAGAAGCAUUGAAUGCUGAGCGGGAGCUAUGUCAUCCAGAUACAGAUCUCUGCAGAUUUGAUGCUACAGAUGAAGAGUUGAGAUUGUGUCAGGCCUGUGGGUUUGAAUUUGACAUGUGUGAGUGGACGUCAGAAGCAUCUGCUGGCCAAAUUUCCUGGAUGCGCACAAAAGCAAGAGAGAUCCCUGCAUUCGAAUCCACACCUCAGCAGGAUCAAGGAGGUGAUGAUGAAGGUUAUUAUGUAUGGGUAGGCGCUAAGCAUGCUUUCACUUUUAACCAUUUAGACAGCAGGGCUUACCUAAAUAGCUCUGUGUGUCAUUGCCUGUGCAAGAGCUGUCAUCUUCAAUUCUAUUAUGCAAUGGAAAGCAGUGUCCUGAGAGUAAGACUGUAUAAUAAUAAGGAAGAAGAAAUAUUUUGGACAUACAACAUAUCAACUCACAGCCAAUGGGUGAAAGCAGAUGUGUUAAUACCAGAAGAUCUGAAGACACUUAAGAUUACUUUUGAAGGGACUCUUUAGAGCCAGAGAAGUUUUAUUGCCCUUGAUCACCUCUGGGUCUAUGCCUGUGGACAGACCCAAUCCAGAAAGCUUUGCUCUGCAGACGAAUUCCCUUGCACUAGUGGCCAGUGCAUCGCCAAAGAAUCUGUCUGUGACUCUCGGCAGGACUGCUCCGAUGAGAGUGAUGAAGACCCAGCAACUUGCUCAAAGCAUCUCGCCUGUGACUUUGAGUCCGGUUUCUGCGGUUGGGAGCCAUUUCUCACAGAAGAUUCACACUGGAAGCUGAUGAAAGGAUUGAAUAAUGGAGAGCACCACUUUCCUGCAGCUGAUCACACAGCAAACAUAAAUCAUGGAUCGUUUAUUUAUUUGGAGGCACAGCGCUCCCCCGGGGUGGCCAAGCUUGGAAGUCCUGUUCUUACAAAAUUGCUCACUGCCUCUACCCCAUGUCAGGUGCAGUUUUGGUAUCAUUUGUCUCAACAUUCAAAUCUCUCAGUUUUUACAAGAACGUCUCUAGAUGGAAACUUGCAAAAGCAAGGCAAAAUAAUCAGAUUCUCCGAAUCUCAGUGGAGCCACGCAAAAAUUGAUCUCAUUGCAGAAGCGGGAGAAUCUACUCUACCUUUUCAGUUAAUUUUGGAAGCUACUGUUUUGUCAUCAAGUGCUACCGUUGCUCUAGAUGACAUCAGUGUGUCCCAGGAAUGUGAAAUUUCCUAUAAAUCACUACCAAGGAGCAGCACACAAAGCAAGUGCUCAUCAUUUCUGUGGCAUGAAAUCAAGAAGUGGAGAAAACGUCCAUUCACCCUCAUUUAUGGAAGUCACUGAUCUCCGAUAAAGAAAAGUGAAAACUAUUUCUAUAGUCAGGUAAAAUCUGAUAAAUAACCCAUGCUAUUUUGAUCAAUCUUUGCUGCAGAUAAUCAUGUUGUUAAAUUAGGAGAAUUCAGGAUAGUAGUGAAAAUAAGUGAUUCUUCUUCCGCCAUUGAAAAUUCUAUUGAGAAUAAAAGUAAGGCAU